AUGGAUACGGCACUAGACAGCUACGACUCACUGCUGAAAAGACUUUCCAUCAAUCUUUCCUUUGUUAGAGGACUAAAAUCCUUCCUAAAAGAAGCUUCAAAAUACCACACUAAGCUAUCUCAAGCUUACGAUUCCAAUUUCAGCAAAAUCCCGACUCCGCCGACUGUAAUCUGUCAAAAUAUAAUUGAGCAAUCCAGGGCUUUCUGCUAUACCCUUGUUGAGUACAGUGACAAAGCUGUGGAAUCUGCUAAAAGAGGCCACUCCGAGCUGAAAAAUUUGUCAAAAAAAAUAAAAGAUCAAAUUGCUAAUAUGAAACAAGGCAAAAAGACUAUGAUAAAUAUGUCUAAGCUUUCUAUACAGUCUAUUUCUAAUAGUAAAUCUUCAUUCAAUCUAUCAACAUCAUCAUUGUUGUUAGAAAGUAAAGAUAACUCCAAAGGGAUCUUUGAUACAUUAACCACCAUAACCAAAUCCCUUGAAGAUGAAACUAAUGUCCAAGCUAGAAAGACAUUAAAAUACCAUUUUAAAAGCAUAUUCACAAAAGGGAACUCAAAAUUAUCAUUAUUCGAGUCUACAACAGCAUCAAGAAGAGACAGCUUCUUAGAUAACUCUGCCUCAAUUAGAGGAUUUGAUGAAAGCAGCAUUCACUUUCAAGACUCCAAAGUUUAUAAAGACUCCUAUUUAGAAACUCCAUCAAAUCGUCCACCGACUUCAUCUUCCUCACACAUGAGUAAUUCUCGACUUGAAGCAACAAAUUCCAAUUUGAAGCCUCCUAUUUCUAGGCAUAAAAGAAAUUUACUCCUUCCUAUAAGAGCGAGCAAGAUUUUACUCAUUCUUAAAGAAGAGUUAAGUUUCAAAUAAAUUUUCACAUAAAAUUUAAUUAAAAAAAUCAAAAAUCUCCAUUUGCAGGCAUUUGAAAAGAAAACUCAGUUUAACUCGUAAGCAUUAAGGAAGAUUAAAAUGCAUUUUUUUUUAAAAUUAUAGAAUAAGAUAGAAAUCUCAUUUAAUAACUAUUGAUUAUAUUUAAAGAUGAUUUAUAAGACUUAAAUUUUUAUAUUUAAACAAAUUUUUGUUGCUUUUAAGGAGGAGAGGUAACAAAUUGCGAGUCUGAAAGCCAUAAAGUCUCAAAAUCCCACAUCAAUGAGCAUGAGAGAACUGAUUCUUUAACACUAAGCCAUCGCUCAAGUCGCAAAGAACUUCCUAGCCAUUUUCCUACUGAGAAUACAGUAAUUAAAGACAAUUCUUCUAGAAAAAAAGAUAAACAAUCGCUAAAUGCUUAA